AUGGGAGAAGCUCAAAAGGGCUUGCUCUCUGUCAUUGAGAAGCUGAAGGGAACCACAGAGCAGGAGGUCCGGAUAGUGCUUUUGGGACUGGACAACGCAGGCAAGACCACUCUAUUGAAGAGCCUGGCCUCAGAGGACGUCAACACCAUCACGCCAACACAAGGUUUCAACAUAAAAAGUGUGGCUUCUCAUGGUAUGAAACUUAACGUGUGGGACAUCGGGGGACAGAGAAAAAUCAGAACCUUCUGGAAGAAAUAUCUGGAAAAUACUGAUCUCUUGAUUUAUGUAAUUGACAGCGCAGACAAGAAGCGCUUCGAGGAGACAGGACUGGAGCUGUCCGAGUUGAUUGACGAGGAAAAUCUCAAGGGCGUUCCCGUUCUCAUCUUUGCCAAUAAACAGGACCUGGCUACAGCGUCCCCGGCUAGCGAGAUCGCCGAGGGCCUGAACCUGCACACGUACCGGGACAGAGAGUGGCAGAUCCAGGCCUGCUCCGCUGUGUCCGGGGAGGGGGUGCAGGAUGGCAUGAACUGGAUUUGUAGCAACAUUGCAAACAGGAAGAAGAAGGAAAAAUGA